AAUCCAACCUCUAUCUCCUGGAUCACAGGUCCAUGCUCAACCGCUGAGCCACGCAGGCCAGACAGAAGAGUGUUUCUUUGCAGUAAACUAUGUUCCAGAACACAGGAGGGUGGGAGGGGUUUCAUAACCCUCCCGGUUUUCCAGGAUCACAGGAUUGGUAAAAUGCAACAUCAAUACAUCUCCUAAUAAACAUAAUAAUUUCUUUAAAGUAUAUACCUAUAAGUGAAAUUGCUGGGUCAAGAGAUGUGUAGCUUCACUUUGGGCAAUGCCAAGUUGUUUUCCAAAGUAGUUGUACCAGUUCACACUUUCACCAACAAUGUAUGGUAUCUCCACUUGCUCCACAUCAUCACAGACACUUAAAGAUUUAAGUUUUUUGGCGAAUCUGGUGUAUGUGCCGUGGAUCUUAUUGCCUUUCCUUGACUAAUAAUGAGAUUGAACAUGUUUAAGUACUAAUUGUGUUUCUCUUCUGCGAAGUGACUUCGGCCCACUUUUCAACUGGAUUAUCUCUUCUUACUGAUUUGUGUAAGUCCACCAAUAUGCUUUGGAAGAAUAAAUGGAUGAACGACAGAAAACUCUGAAAUAACUAUGAUUAGGUUUGAGAGAUCCCCAACAACUAAAAAUCUUGAAAAUUGCGCCUCCCAAAAGCUUCUAAUUUGAUCCUCAUAAGAGUUUAUGAAAGAGUUCUGUAACCCCACUCAGGUGAGUUUUCCCAUCACCGUCGGCUACUCACUGUAGAAAAAGGGCCGGAACUUCUCCGGGACCUCCCCACUUCCAGGUUCCACAUCCACAGCCCAGACGGGCGAAUCAUGGAUUACACGGCUUUGUGACACACAACCUCGACGUCACUCGCGGUGUUCUCGCGAGAAUUGUACCCCGUGGGUCAUGUGACAAGCCAAGAUGGCGGUGCCCGGGGAGGCGGAAGAAGAAGCGGCAGUUUACUUAAUAGUGAGUGGCAUCCCCUCGGAGUUGCGCUCGGCCCAGCUACGGAGCUACUUCAGCCAGUUCCGGGAACAGAGCGGCUGUGGCUUCCUUUGUUUCCAUUACCGGCAUCGUCCCGAGCAGGCCCCUCCCCAGGCUACUCCGAACUCCGUCCUAACUCCGGUUGGCCAGAGUCUUGCCCAGACUUCAAUCACCGAUGGCCGCGCUCCCUCCACUCGGGACGCUACCCGCGCCCAGACCCGCACCUGCUGCUGCGUCAUCUCCGUACGGGGGGCGGCUCAAGCCCAGAAGCUUCUUCGCAUGUAUUCUGGCCGUCGGUGGCUGGAUUCUCAGGGGACUUGGUUGCCCAGUCGGUGUUUCAUCCGCAGACUUCGGCUGCCUACUGAGGCAUCAGGUUUGGGCUCCUUUCCCUUCAAGACCCGGAAGGAACUGCAGAGUUGGAAGGCUGAGAGUGAAGCCUUCACUCUUGCUGACCUGAGGCAACUGCCAGAGCUGAACCCACCAGUGCUGAUGCCCAAUGGGAAUGUGGGGACACCCCUGCAGGUCUUUUUGGAGUUGAUCCGGGCCUGCCGCCUGCCCCCUCGGAUCAUCACCCAGCUGCAGCUCCAGUUUCCCAAAACAGGCUCCUCCCGGCGCUAUGGCAAUGUGCCAUUCAAGUAUGAGGAUUCAGAGACUGUGGAGCAGGAAGAGCUUGUGUAUACGGCUGAGGGUGAGGAAAUACCCCAGGGAACCUGCCUGACAGACAUACCAGCCAGCCCCUGUGGAGAGCCUGAGGAAGAAGGGGAAAAGGAAGAGGAAGAAGAGUCACACUCAGAUGACGAUGAUGACCGGGGUGAGGAGUGGGAGCGGCAUGAAGCACUGCAUGAGGAUGUUACCAGGCAGGAGCGUACCGCUGAGCGGCUCUUUGAGGAGGAGAUCGAGCUUAAGUGGGAGAAGGGCGGCUCUGGCCUGGUGUUCUACACUGAUGCCCAGUUCUGGCAGGAAGAAGAAGGAGACUUUGAUGAACAGACAGCUGAUGACUGGGAUGUGGACAUGAGUGUGUACUACGACAAAGGUGGUGGAGACAAGGAUGCCCGAGACUCUGUCCAGAUGCGUCUGGAACAAAGACUCCGUGAUGGCCAGGAGGAUGGCUCCGUGAUCGAACGCCAGGUGGGCACCUUUGAGCGCCACACCAAGGGCAUUGGGCGGAAGGUGAUGGAGCGGCAGGGCUGGGCUGAGGGCCAGGGCUUGGGCAGCCGGUGCUCUGGGGUGGCUGAGGCCCUGGAUAAUGAUGGGCAGCACCCCAGAUGCAAGCGUGGAUUGGGGUACCACGGAGAGAAGCUACAGCCAUUUGGGCAACUGAAGAGGCCCCGAGGAACUGGUUUGGGGCUCAUCUCCACCAUCUACGAUGAGCCCCUACCCCAGGACCAAGGGGAGUUGCUGCUCCGCCGCCAGCCACCCACCAGCAUGAAGUUUCGGACAGACAUGAGCUUUGUGAGGGGUUCCAGCUCUGCAUUGGACAGCUUCUCAGAGCCUGAGUGACAGGUUCAAGGACUGACUGACUUAGGACCACUCAUAAUUGCACAGUGGCAGCCCUCUGGCCACAGAAGCAGGAAGAAGUCUCCCACCAAAGCAGCAAAAAGUCUGGGAGCAGCAAUCUGUGAGGCUCCAUCAGCGUGUUUUGUUCUGAACUUGCCUUCUGGCUCUCUACCUCAGGGGCAUUUUUACAAAAAGCCCCCUAUCCUCCCCUUUGAUCCUAGGGUUUAAUGACCUCUCUUCGUUGGUCUCCUAAUCCUGGUUCCUGUUUGGGCUCGUCCCUGUUGCCUCCCCCAGUACCCUGAAAAACUGCAUUGACCUUCCUUGGGUGGGGUCACCUUGAAGGCCAGAAAGAUUGGGGAAAGGUACCUGGAGAAGAGGAUUUGUGGUGCUCGGAAGAGAGCCUUGGGGAGGGCCUUCCACUGCCUUUACCCGUCUGGCUGGAACUAGACGGUGGAGAAUCGCGGGAGGUGGCCCGGAUCUGCGACCGAAUGUUAGAAUAAAGAAGUUUACGAACCG